AUGAAGGUGUACUGCCUUUACGAUGGAAAGAAUGUGAAGGGAGAGGUUGUAAACAGCAUGGUGGUGUCCUUCAAGCUGAAGAUCGAUAUACCAGCCUCCUGGAAGGAAGGGCCGUGUGAGCGACUUCUUACGUUCUUUCUGAAAACACUGAAGGCGAAGCGUAAUGUCGAUGUGGCUGCUGACGAUGUGGUGAUGCAAUGUAGCGGUCUCUCUAUCAGUCUGCAAGACUCUAUAGCGAGUUGCAUUUCUGAUUACAACGAUCUCACUGUUCUGCACAAGAUGCCGGUCAAGGUAGAGGGGACACAUGAAGGCGAGCUGCGGUGUACCAACUUCGGCUGUAACAAGUACUUUAAGGAGGAAGAGAAUACGGAUAACUCAUGUCAUUAUCACUCUCAGGGCCCCGUUUUCCAUGACUUGGAAAAGUACUGGAGGUGCUGCGAAGGCAAAAAGGCGUUUGACUGGGAGAGCUUCGAGGAAAUUCCAAAGUGCUGUGUGGGGCGCCACAGUACUGCGAACAAGCCUUUUGUAUUUCCGAAGGAGGAGGUGCUGAACAUUCCCCUCUCGGCCUCUCAGGUGGCACAAGCGAGCGCGGCAUCCUCAGACAUGCACGACGGGAGGCGAACUACUGGGCCGAGGGAGUUCGAGGGGGCUGCGUUUGCGCAGACCGAGCCGCAGCAAAUUGUGGAUGGCAAGGCGAGGUGUCGAAAUUUCGGUUGUGCAAAGGAGUUUGUUGUCGCCGAGAAUACGGACUCGUCUUGCCGAUAUCACAAAGAAGGACCUGUCUUCUGGGACACGUACAAGUACUGGAAGUGCUGUCCGGAGAAGAAGUGCUUAGAGUUCGAUGACUUUGUGAAGGUACCGGGGUGCUGCGAGGGAGCGCAUAGACUUUGA